UACAAAAAUGACAUAAAAAACAAUUGAUCACUAUGUGUUUAAUACAAAGGAUGUGUUAGGAUAAGGAUCAUUUGGAGUAGUUUUCAAAGCGACCAACAAUAAAACGGGCAGAUAAGUGGCAUUGAAAAUGAUAUCAAAGGAUAAAAUGUUGAAGGAUCAAAAUGCUAUUAAUGGAGUAAAGAGUGAAAUUUGGAUUAUGCAAAAAUUGAACAAUAAAAAUAUUGUAUAGUUAAUUGAUGUCUUAGAAACAUCAAAUAACAUAUACAUUAUUUAAGAGAUUUGCGAAUCUGGAGAUUUAGCUAAGUCUUUAUUAUUAUAAAAUCACAUAGAUACUUAAAAUAACAUUAAUUUGUGAAUGAGGAAUAGGCAUUGAAAAUAAUGACUGAAAUUUUACAAGGUUUCAUAGAGUUGAUAAAAUUUGGAAUCAUCCAUAGAGAUUUAAAACCAGCCAACAUAUUAAUUCAUUAAAACACUUAUAAAAUUGCUGGUCUGAUAUUUAAUAUAUUUUCGUAGAUUUUGGAUUUGCUAAAAUUGUAGAUAAUUUUGCAUAACAAUUAUUUUAUUCAUAAGUAGGUACGCCAUUGUACAUGAGUCCUCAAAUUUUAAAGAACGAAAAAUACUCCACAAAAUGUGAUGUUUGGUCAUUUGGUUUCCUAUUUUAUGAAAUCAUUUACGGAAGAAGUACUUAUCCUAUAAAAUUGUUUAUAGCCCCUUGGGUUGCCUCAUCCAUACCCUAAUUAGUAAAGAAUAUAAAUACACAACCAUUACAAUUUUAUGAUUCGAUUAAUUAAGUUUCUGAUAAUGUCAAGGACUUGAUAUCUAAAUGCUUAGCCAUCUAAGAGAGUAAAUAAGUAUUUUUACUAUAAUAGAAGAUCGAUAUAGUUGGUAUGAUAUAUUUGCUCAUCCUCUCUUUAGUGCUUAAUUUUCAUAAACCCCAAAUUUAUAAUAAAUCUGUGAAGUACUAUCUCAUUUCUAUUAAAUAAUAGUAAAAGGAACUUUACAUUGCAAAUCGUUUACGAGAGAUUUUGGGGGCAAAAUAAAUUAGCAAUAAUUAGAUUCUUGAAGAAUUAUAAUAGAAUUAUGAUGGCAUUAUUAGACAAGACAAAUUGAAAGAAUUAUUAAUUGACAUAGAUGCUGACUUGGAAGACUAUGCAAUUUAAUACAUAUUUAAUAGCAUUGAUGAGGAUUAAAAUGGCUAGAUUACAUGUCAGGAAUUUUGUAACUGGAUGAUAAAACAUAAAGUUAUCCAUAAAUUGAAUUAUAUUAGAUUAUUUAUGAUUUUUAAGUCAGAAGUACAUCAAAUACUAUUAGCGGUCCAUAUCAGAUCCAAUAAUAACAACUGUAAGAUAAGAAAGACACUAAAACUAUUAUUUAUAAUUUGAUUUCUGCGAUAUAAUAAUAGAAUGAAAAUCUGGUAGAAUUGUUUUACAAAUUUGUAAAGGGGACAGAAAAUAUGAGCUAAGAUGAUUUUGCGGAUCUUUUACUGUAAUUAUCUAAUAUUAUAAAACACUUAGGUACUAUGAUGACAGUUUAUCUGAUGAUGAAAUAUUCUCGACCUUUUAAGUGUUUGAUCUUGAUGAAAAAAAUGAAAUCACACUAUAGUAAUUCAAAUACAUUCUUGAAUAAGAUAUAGAUGAUUAUUGA